AUCUUUUAAUUUGGUCUAUUAUGUUUCAACGUCUAAGAAUGGAUGAAUCUCUUACUCUUUCAAAUUUGAACCAAGAAUUACAUGUGGACAUUGCAAAAUCAGCCUAGUAUGUUUAUAAGUAAAUUUUAUUUAGUUUGAUUAUAAUAAUUAAUAGCCAUGUUUUGGAAAAUUAUCCUGUCAAAAAGCAGUGGGGGAAAAAAAAUUAAGAAAAAAAAAAAAAAAUCACAUUUAAGGAUUAUUUCCUUAUGCAGAAGCUAUCUCCUGAUUUGCAUAUCAAAGAUAUGCCUGCUAGAUAUGGAAGUAUAUCAGCUGCUUGAUUCUUCCGUUCACAUUUCUCAAAUUAUUAUGAUACAGAAUAGAUUGGAUUCAAAGGAGAAAAAAAAAAAAAAAAAAAUUUAUAUAUAAAUUAUGUUACUAGGAAUUGACCAUUCUAUAUAAUUACUGCAUGUGUUUUGUCCAAAAUGAAGUGUUAAGCGUCCAUGCUUGUGUCAUAGUCUGAGUUAUAGAGCAGGCAAAUUUUUAAUUUUGUUUAGCCACCCUUGCCUUCUUGACUAAUUGUCACAGAAUGAUGUACAAAAUGCAGUUAAAGUGUCAAAAGCUGAUCCUUCAUAACCACAGCACUGUGACAGAAGGAGGGGAGCCAGAGAGGCCGCCCCAGGGUCUUAUCCCCGAUCUUAACCUUCCCCCAGCCUGUAACCAACAGUUAAACAUCUCAGAGGAUUCCGUUGAUGUACUCAAGAAGCUUAACUCUCAUGAGCUCACAGUCAAUGCAUCAAAUUCUAAGGUUUCUUCUUAUUCAGAGAAGCUACUUCCAUUCAACAAGCGGAAGAGUCAGUAUUAUGUUUAUCAGGAAGAAAGGGGAAGUGUUGUACCUACAAUUCAAAAGAACGGCUGUCCUGGAGGUGUGAUGAAGAGACAAAAAUAUAGGAGCUUACAAAGUAUUUACCGCAGGACUAGGCCAAUUUCUUCUGUUUGAGAGUGAUGGUAAGAGGAUGAUCUGAUGUUUUCUAAAACAAUGUGACAGAAAAUUUAUAACAGUUGGUUUUCUGUUUGUUAGAUUCAUCCAAUAACUUAUCUUGCUUAUCAAACUUAAUAGCAGUAUAGCCAUAGUUAUAUUGCUAGAUUUGUACUCCGUUGCUGAAAUGCUUUCGUUAGACGUAGUACUCGUAUAUUUUAUCAUUAUAAUUUUUGAGAU